AUCAAAAAUAGUACGGUGAGCCAAGCAUUCUCUGCUCCACGCCAAAGAUAAUCCAAUCAGGCGUUCUGGGACACCGCACUCGUCUGCAAAAAAUGUCGGGAAAAGCAGAAUCUGAACCAGAUGGGUUGAAACUGAAGGUGCUAGCUCUACACGGAUACCGGCAAAACGGGGACAGUUUCCGUUCCAAAUUGGGAUCAUUUCGGAAGCAAGUCAACAAGUACGUCGAGCUUGUGUUCCUAUCUGCACCGCACAUAGCAGCACCGCUUGAGGACGGAGGUGAGCAGGACCCAGCGCAACGAAGUUGGUGGUUCAACAAGGAUGACCGGACGUUCAAGGGAACGAAUCAGGGCGGUCCGGCGUACGGGUUCGACGAAAGCCUGAAGCUGGUGGAAAAAACGUGGGAAGCGGAGGGUUGCCAUGGCUUGCUAGGUUUCUCUCAGGGCGCCUGCUUUGCCGGGUUACUGUGUGAUUUGAGCGCUAGAGGCAUGACCACGGUAAAGCCACAGUUUGCCAUCCUGUCAUCCGGCUUUCGUUCUGGUAGUUUGGUGCAUUUGAACUAUUACGAAAGCAAAAUACAGCUUCCGUCGCUGCAUAUUUUCGGUGAAACAGAUGAAAUCAUAACGAAAGACAUGAGUGUCGCGCUUUCGGAUACCUUCUUGGAGCCACUAGUUGUGACUCAUGCCGGUGGGCAUUAUUUUCCGGCGCAGGCGACUAUGAAGCAAACGUAUGUCGAUUUCUUUCGCGACCAGCUACAGUUGCAUUUAGAAGCCAAAGAAAUAGCGAAUGCCACGGAGGAGAACAGUUUCCACGUUGACCAGCAUCACGAGCCAGAGGGUAACCGAGAGGCGGAUGAUUCGGAUUCUGAGUAAGGUAUCAGAGCUGCGUCGUAGACUAUUGGGACUUUAGUUUCAUUUUCCAUAAUUUAAUUACUCAAAACCGUACGAAUAAAAUUACCCGAAGAAUAGAAAGAAAAUAAAGAGUCGGAGACAAGGAUUGGGGGGAACAUCCUCCUUGUCCGUACCGAAUGUGAAAGGAUGUCUCUAAUCUUACGUUGCUCAGGAUGACAAAUUGCCGUUUAGUGGGCGGAACUUGCGGAAGUUGUUAUAACAUGCCCGAGAGGGUUCAUGUUACGUAGUAUUUGAUGUGGUAGCGAUAGGAGAUAGAAACAAACAAACAAAAAGCCUACAUCUGUGCCUCUCCUUCCUUAAUUGGAGGGCCGCCCGGUGCCUCAAACAAGCUGAUCCUGACCAUUGGCGGUGUCCUGGUUUUUCAUCACAUCCGGUAGAUCCGGCGGCAGCGAGUAAGGUGUCAGUU